AGGAAGUCUCCUGCAGUUCCAAGCAUGUCAGCUCCACUCCUUGAGAAGACGCCCCCGCCUUCGCGUCCGCCUCCUUCGAAGGCGUACCUGAACAAGCAGAAGCAGGCCGUAAACUCCACAGCCUCGCCAUCGCCGGGCGCCGCAGCCUCGCUGUCACCGAGCGCUGCCACCUCGUGGGCGAUAAUCAAUGGUGAGAGGUCGUUCCGCGGCGCCGUCGGCGCUUGCUGCUUCCUAAGCUGGGCGCGCACUCCCAUCGCGCUGCUGGUCACUCUCCUCGUGUGGUGGCUCCCGGUCGCGAUCGCCGCCCCGCUCGUGGUCUUGCUGCCGCCGCUCACCUUCCUGCUGCUCACGUUCGGCACGAUGCCAAAGCAGUGGGGCGACCCGUACUACGGGUUCGUGCUCUGGGUCCAGAAGCUGCGGCUGACGACCCAGUUCGUCCAGUUCAACGGGGCGCGGGUCGAAGGCCGAGUCGCCUACGAUCUCCGCGCCCUCAAGCCAAAGCGCGAGCUGAGGAAGACGCCGCUUCCGCUGGGCUGGGGACUGGUGGUGGCGGACUACCGGGAGGAGGAGAUGGACGCGGCGGUCAUCCUCGGCAACUGGUUCGGGGAGACGCUCUCGACGACCCUCAUCCCAGUGGCGAGGGUGCUGGACAUUGUCCGGCUCGCGGCGUACCACCUUCCCUGGGGCUGGCGCAGCGCGCCGCGCCAGACCUCCUUCAGCGCGGGCGAGAACCCGGUCAAGUUUGUGAUGGAUGAGGUGGGCGCCGUCUACCCAAAGAUCCACCAGCAGUGGGCCGACAAGACGGGGGACGAGGCGCUCGCCCACUUUUGCAGGUCCGGCCUCGCAGCGCACCGCGUGGAGCUGGCUCCCGAGGACUGCCCCUACCUCGAUGCGGACGGGAAGCCGGCAAAGUUCGUGGUGCGCACAAACGAGAUGGCGACGCUCGACGUCAAGGAGGGGUGCGACCGCUACGGCGGCGACGCGUACUUUGGCGCAGACUGGCGACCGGUCGCGAUCGUGCGCAAGGAGACGCCGGAGCAGUGCGAGUGGUGGAGCACGCUCGUCGACAAGGUGUACCGACCCGGCGACGGGUACAAGUGGGAGUACGCCAAGUUUGCCUUCCGCUCCACCGUCUUCACGCUGGUGACGUUCGUGGACCACCUCUUCGGGCUCCACAUGCAGACCUCCGAGCUGGUCAUGCUCGCCACGCGCGAGCAGCUGUCGACCGACCACCCGAUCCGCCGCUUCCUCAUCCCGUUCACGUUUGGAGCAAUCACAAUCAACGACUGGGCGCGGACCGCGCUGUGCGCGUACGGCGGCACGACGCACCGCGCGUUUUCCUUCACGGACGGCGGCUUCGCGCGCGCGUGGGCGCUCGCGCCGGCGCUCGCCUUUACUCGGUCAAACGCGCGUUGGACCGAGGAGAACCCGUCGCCGCGCGGUCAGGAGAGCAAGGGCAGGGCGCAGCCCUUCCGCGGGGUGUUCCGGCUGAAGAAGGCGCCGACCAACGAGAUCGCCGAUGGCGAGACUGCAGCUUCGGUCGCGGAGAAGGUCUUCGCGCGCACGGUGGGCGACAGCGCCUCGGAGCGGCGCAGCGACGACGGCGACGGCGACAGCGACUGGAUCGACGCCUUUCUGGCGCACCACGGCUCCGCCUACCCGUCCGGGGGCGUCGACACGCCUUUCUACAGGGCUUGCGAGCGUUACCACGGCAUUGUCGCGCGGUGGGUGGAUGCGUAUUGCGCGCGCUACUACCCGGAGGGCGUCGCCGCAGAUGACGAGGCGGUCGCGUUCCUGGAGCAGAUCAUGCUCACAACCUCGCAGUCGACGGUGGCAUCGUACGGGCUUCAGCUCGGCGCCGCGUUUGCAGCCUCGCGGGGCCGCCCUCUGCGGAUGCGAAGGCUGCUCGUCUGCUUCCUCACCCGCUUCAUCGAGCUCGUGACUCUGGGCCACGAGCAGGUGGGCGCUGUGCAGGUGUACGCGCAGGACGCGUCCUUCGCCUCCUUCUCAUGGAAGAAGGGCGACCUCUGCGGCACCAAGGAGGCGGCGAUGCAGGGCGCGACCCUGAUGUGCCUCACCUCCUCCAUCACCCCCACGCUCAUGCCCGGCGACGACUCCACCUUCGAGCAGCACGACUGGUCCUUCCUGUACCCGCCCCCCCCGGGGCAGCAGUCUGCCGCCGACGCUGCCGAUCUGAAGGCGCUCAACCGCACCUUUCAGGAGGAGCUCGCCGCAAUGGCGCGCGACCUCGACGCCGAGAUGGCCGCCGCGCCCGCAAAGGCCUUUCCAGACAACAUGGGCAGUUGCACAGUCAACCCGCGGUACAUGGAGUGCGCUGUCAGCAUCUGACACCGCCCCUCCCGACGCCUCGACGCGCACGGCGCAACGGGGGCGAGCAGGUAGGAAUAGGGCACUUUGUGUGCUGCGGAGCGCUAGAGAUGCGCGCGCGAGAGAGUUACGUUCUGUGGGGCGUUCUGUCCCCCCGGCGGCGACGCGGGCACGAGGAUCGAGGUCGCAACGCCCGCGUGGGAUCGCGGGCGAGCUCUUUGUUUUUUACGGCGUUGUUGUUGGCAGCAGUGUCCACUGUUUCUUGUGUGCGCGGCCUUCGUUUUUGUUAAUCGUCCGCUCUCUCUCAAAA